AAAGCCCCACGAGUAGUUUGUAUCUCUUUCAAACACACAGACGAGAUCUUCUCUCUAUCUUUCUCUAUCUACAAACUUUCUAAAAGUCACGAGUCAACUCAACGAGUUACGUACAAAGAAGUACUAAAACAAUGGGAGCUUGCGCUUCACGUGAAUCUCGGAGAACAGAGACGGCGAAGCUGAUAUUACCAGACGGAACAUUACAAGAGUUUUCAACGCCGGUGAAAGUGUGGCAGAUUCUUCAAAAGAAUCCUACAAGCUUUGUUUGUAACUCCGACGAUAUGGAUUUCGACGACGCCGUUUUAGCUGUCCCUGGAAGCGAGGAUCUUCGACCAGGAGAAUUGUACUUCGUUUUACCAUUAACAUGGCUUAAUCAUCCAUUGAGAGCAGAUGAAAUGGCGGCUUUAGCGGUUAAAGCAAGCUCUGCGCUUGCGAAAAGCGGUGGAGGAGGUUUGAGUUACAACGAUGAAGAUGUUGGUGAGUGUAGAGUUAGAAGAGUUAAAAGAAACGGUUGCGGCGGAAGAGGUUGUGGUGGUGGUGGUAAAGGGAGGAGAAAGUUCACGGCGGAGUUGAGUUCAAUAGCUGAGUAGAGGGGUUAAAUUGGUUAGUCAAUGUGUAAAUUUUGUAAAUUGUAAUUAGAAAAUUUGACUUUUACAUAAUUUUUACCAUAAAAAAUAUAAAGUUGAUUUCGUUAUUUAAUACAACUAAUACAUAGAAAUGACCAAAUUGGGAGACUUUCACGUGGAUGAAGUGUUCAAAAGCUACUAAUAAAUUGCAUUUAGUCAUUUAGUGGUAAAAAUAUCAAAUCCUCUCUGGCUUUUCUUGGUCAACACCGCGUAAUGGUUACAUGAAAGACACAGUGUACAGUUGCAAAAAGUGGGGAUAAAAGCCCAAGGCCCAUUGUUCCUACGGGCAUAGCCGC